GUCCGGCUCACGUCGGCCUCACUGAAUAUGUGUGGUGGUCAAGCUAGCGCCAUUUGCCCUCUCGCCAAGAAACAUGCCCUACGCUUGCGUGGUCUUCGGCUGUUCGAACCGUUCCAACCGCGAGAAGGACAAACGUUUCUUCAGAGUCCCCCGGGAGGUGACCAAGGAGGCCGGGAGAGUGCAAGGCUUUCGGAAACGACGACGAGAAAGAUGGCUGUCGAACAUAGCACUCAAGUCCAAGGGAGCUGAGUCCAAGAACGCGCGCGUCUGCAGUGACCACUUUGUCAGAGGGCAACCUGGUAAUCUCUACGACGAUCAAGACGUGGACUGGGCUCCGACGGUGAAGAUGGGUCACGACACGGUCAAGGAGAAGCCCAAAACGCGAGACGGAAGAGGCAAGACGCAGCAAGAGAAACGUAAACUCAUCGAGGGCGCCGAGGCCUUGCUCGACUUCCACAAAGUGUUGAGGAUGAAAAUGGAGACUCCGGAACCAGAACCGGGGGAAACGGACGAGGGUUCAACUCAUGUCAAGGGACACGAAAUAGCCUGUCAGACGGACUUUGCCGAAGAGAUGGAAACUACAGAACCAGAUUCAGAGGAAAUGAACCAAAGUCGAACUCCUGUGGAGACCCGUGAAAUAGCCUCCCAGACGGACCUGAAGGCAGACUAUAUUACCCGCAUGGAAGAUGAGCUGAUAAGCUUGAACUCUGAGCUCUAUGGGCUGCGGGCCAAGGUACUGGAAACAGCUUUGACUAAGGAGGGAUUUGAAAGAAGCGAUGCCAAGACUAAGUUCUACACGGGCUUUCCCAACUUCCCUGCUUUGAUGCAACUGUUCAGCUUGUGUGAGCCCUACAUCUCUGUCAGUCCAAUGUCUUCUCUGGACAAAUUUCAACAGCUGCUUUUAGUGUUGAUGAGACUACGACUCAACUUGCCAAUUUUAGAUCUGGCGUACAGAUUCCAGAUUUCACAACCCACAGCUUCCCGGAUUUGUAACAAGGUGCUUUCUGUGUUACAUGAGCGACUUCAGUUCUUGAUUGAAUGGCCUGAAGGAGACUUGCUCAGACCUCCAAUGCCCAAGGUCCCCGAAACAGAUCCAGGGGAAACCGACAAUAGUUCAAUUGAUUUGGCCGCUUUGAGAUCUUUGUUGAAAGACCUUCAAACUUGCCUGAUCGCGCACAGACCUGGUCAAACUACAAGAACCUCAACCCUGCCGAGUUUUGAAUUGGUCUCAUGCUCCGAGGACUUGUUCGAUUCAUUUCUCGAAUCUGGGGAGGUGGCGUCGGUGACAGGGAAAUGACUGGAGAAAGUGGAGUUCUGACCAAGUUUGUGUCAGCUGACCGUUGAUUUGUUUCUUACUGUGCAACUUUAGAAAUCCCUGUGUUCUCUAAAGGGAACUUCAAUUCUUCCUCGAGUGGCCUGAAGGAGACUUGCUCAAUUGCCCAAGGUCCACGAACCAGAUCAAAAGGAAACUGACAAUAGUUCAAUUGAUUUGGCUGCUUUGAGAUCUUCGUUGAAAGACCUUCAAACUUGCCUGCUAGCACACAGACCUGGUCGAACUACAAGAACCUCAACCCUGCCAAGUUUUGAAUUGGUCUCAUUCUCUGAGGACUUGUUCGAUUCGUUUCUAGAAUCUGGCGAGGUGGCGUCGGUGACAGGGAAAUGACUGGAGAAAGUGGAGUUCUGAACAUGUUUAUUGUGUCAGCUGACCGUAGAUUUGUUUUUUAAUGUGCAACUUUAAAAAUCCCUGCGUUCUCUAAACGGAACUUCAAUUCUUGAUCGAGUAGCCUGAAGGAGACUUGCUCAAAGCUCAAUUGCCCAAGGUCCCCAAACCAGAUCCUGGGGAAACUGACAAUAGUUCAAUUGAUUUGGCUGCUUUGAGGUCUUUGUUGAAAGACCUUCAAACUUGCCUGCUAGCACACAGACCUGAUCAAACUACAAGAACCUCAACCCUGCCAAGUUUUAAAUUGGUCUCAUGCUCCGAGGACUUGUUCGAUUUGUUUCUAGAAUCUGGGGAGGUGGCGUCUGUGACAGGGAAAUAACUGGAGAAACUGGGGUUCUGGACAAGCCUGUUGUGGAUUUGUUUUUUUUAUAAGUGCCUGCGUUCACUAAAGGGAAGUCCUAGCUGUCAUCCUAUGUAGACAAAGAAACCAGGAAGACAGCUGGUGUCGGAUUAUGUGGACCGAGUUGUUGGACUGGUCUGGAGGAAGUGUCAAGACUUCACAGAGUAGAGCAAUGAACUUUGUUUGAGUUCUUUGCUUAAUCCAUUCCGUAGUUUAGUCGUAAAAAAUCUAUAGAUUAGCCACAUACUUUUUAUAAGCCACAAUCAUUUCAAGUUUUGAAUUAAAUCCUGGAAGAUGGUAAAGGAUAGAAAAGCCCUCAAAUUAUUGCCUUAUUGGAAGACUUAAUUUGUUUGAUUGAUUGGUCCACGUUAAUCAAUACAUGGUAAAAAAAAACAACAACAAAAAACAUUGGUUUUACAUGCAUAUUUUUUUGUAUUUUAUAUUGUUACGUUGUCUCUUACUUUACUUAAUUAAAAAAAACAUUUAUAAUA